GCGUUGGUCUGUUGGUCGUGAAGUAUGGGUUGAAUCCAGUCAAAAUACUGCUGGGGAUCAUCAAUGGCUGUACCUAUCUGAUAUUCUGGGUGAUGAUGCGUGUGUGGAACUUGCAGCUUUGGUCUAUGAUCCACUACCCCACUGGUCUGGAGAACAUGCCAGAGUACAGUGCCUCUCUUGGAUGUACGAAUGCCUCCCGAGUAUUCAGCGAUGUCAAAACGACAUUUGCGGUGCCAACCGCGCCUGUGGAGGCUGUACAUUCACUUGACAUCGCAGGCAGUGCUGUUGGCACUCUCACGAUCGCGCAAGGCCUCCCGGACGCUUCCGACAUCAAAUACGAGACAUUCGUCCAUUCCAGCGAUCCUACCCUCCUCGACCUCAUCGCAUUCACCCAAGCUCCUUUGCCCGACCGUGUCGAUCCUCUUCACGAAACCCGCGUAAUUGUAGAGACGCCAGCAUUUGACAUAUUCACAGGCGCCUGUGUGCGCUACGAUAUGACCGUGUACAUCCCCUCGAGCGUCUCUUCGCUUGAUAUCCGAGCUCAUGGCAACGGAGCCCUGCAACUGAAGUUCGACGAGCGGUCAAACUUCGAAGUGGAUGCGCUGUCAGUGACAAUUGAAAUGCCGGACUCGCGGAACUUGAUCAUGCCUCACAAGGGCGUACGUGCCGACAUCAUGACCAUCGGUAUGGCAAGCGGAUGGCUCGUGGGGGACGUUACGAUCGUCAAUGAGACGCGGCUUGGCAGGGAAGAUGGGAACAUGACACUGAAUGCGCACAUCUAUCCCGCUCCAUCCCACGAGGACCCACCUGCGCCCGCUAAUCUAGACACCACCACGGGCUCGGGACCAAGCUCAUACAUAUUCUACAUGGCCGACGCUGGCCAUUCCCGUCGUCCGAUCCACAGCGUUCAUCGUUCGCUUGGCGAGGACAUGCUUUGGCUGGUGUAUCCGCAGGUAACUGUCAACGGCACUGUGAACAUCACCGCGAGCAAUUACCCAGGAGGACGGCUGGAGCACCAUGACCCUGAUGGUCCGGACAGUAUUGUGUCUCAGUCCGACGGUCCCAUUGUUUUCUUCGCUCAUUCUUUCUAGACGUGCGUGUUCGUAAAUAUCACAGCAGCUAUGCAGAUCACGUUCAAUAUGAAGGAAACUCGUGCAAUGGAUGAAAGGUUGCAAACUUGGAAGGAAGAUGGGGAGACGAUUGAGCGAGAAUGCUAUGUAUAUAUUUGAUUUAUGAGCAGCAC